AUGAUCUGGCGGCGUAGUCGACCACUAGGACGCCUUUAUCACAUCCGACCCCUAGUAACCCGUCACAUCCGCACUCAACCUACAGUUGAACCUGGACAGCUCCACGAAAAUGGCGACCAAAAUAGUCAUAUCCCAAGUAUGGGACUCGCCACUCCUCGUGAGCUUGUGGAAUAUCUGAACCAAUUCAUUGUUGGGCAAGAGAAUGCGAAGAAAGUUCUCUCUGUAGCAGUAUAUAACCAUUACAAUCGUGUUCGAGCAAACCUUGCGUUCGAAGCCGAUGAGAUCGAAACAAACAACACAAGGGACGUGCCCCCUGACUCACGAUCUGGCGUUGCAUCUGCUCGCAUACGUCCUUUGCGGAAGCAGGCUUCACCACUAUCACUAUCAGCUCGUCGGAUGGUUCCUCUCUUCGAGAAAAGUAACGUUUUGGUGAUCGGUCCAACUGGUUCUGGCAAAACAUUAUUGGCCAAGACCCUCGCUAAAGUUUUAGAUGUUCCCUUCUCUGUUAGUGACGCUACGUCAUUUACGCAGGCGGGAUAUGUCGGAGAGGACGCUGAUAUGGCGAUUCAGCGCCUAUUACAAGCUGCUAAUUGGAAUCCAUUACAAGCGAGCAUGGGAAUCAUAUACAUCGACGAGAUUGACAAAAUUGCGAGAAAAUCAAGCACAGGCACUGAGGGCUCUCGCGACGUGGGUGGUGAGGGUGUUCAACAAGCCCUUCUUAGAAUGAUGGAGGGCUCUGUGGUAACCGUUCAGGCCAAAGGGGCGGUGUAUGCCGAAGCCGCGCCUUCUGGAGGUGAAGGACAUUCCCGGAGCGGCCAACGUCCAUCUCAAGCGACACCUAAACCCGACACUUACCAAAUUGACACGUCAAACGUUUUAUUCAUUUUGAGUGGUGCUUUUGUUGGCCUCGACAAAGUCAUCAAACAGCGAGUAGCGAAAGGAUCGAUUGGUUUUACCGCAAAUUUGACGUCGACUGAUGGUGACGGCCCCCUACCGUUCUUCACCCCAAAUCGCAAGACUCAGCAUAAUAUCCUAGACUUGGUUGAGACGAGUGAUCUCGUUAAAUAUGGGUUUAUCCCAGAGUUCAUCUCCCGUCUACCAUCUAUCACUGCGUUGUCUCCGCUCACUGUUUCGGAUCUGAAGCGAAUCUUGACCGAGGUGAAAGGAUCGUUAAUGUCGCAGUAUCAGUCCCUCUUUGGAUACUCCGGAGUGGAGAUCAGGUUUACAAGUGCAGCGUUGGAUGAAAUAUGUCAGAAGGCGUUUGAUCGAGGUGGUGGGGCUCGUGGGCUGAGAGGUAUAAUGGAAUCCCUUUUACUCGAACCUAUGUAUGAAGUGCCUGGCUCUGACAUUUGUCACGUCCUAAUCACAGAGGAUGUGGUGAAAGGGACGGGAUCUCCUGGGUACUGGCGGAGAGGCGAAGGCGUUGCAUUCUGGGAAGCUUGGGCAAUGCAAGAGGCCUCCUAUAACCAGCGAUGA